AUGGCCAGCUUCUUCACUGUUAAAAAGCGAGCCUGCGAUGAAUUCAUUGCGAUGCGGCUGUGCCCCGGUGCGACUGGUGCAGCCAUCACCAGCUACAGUGCACCUUCAACCGCGUUAUGCACCAGAGAAGACGUGCAGCCCCCACCACACUCCUCACCUACUGUCACUAUCUCGAUCACCGGUCUUGAGGGCUCGUCGUCCUCCUCCGUGCCACCAGCAUGUGGAUUAAGAUUUGCCCGAUACUAUCUGGACGAGAUUGUCUCGCCCAGCGGUGCACCUUUCUUCUCUGUCGACCACCAGAACUGGAUCCGCCGGUGUACGGGACAGGCUCACGUCUUCUCCAACCUGUGGGGGCUCGAUUCAACGUCGCCGUUAUUAUCAUCAUCCUCCUGUGCCGGAGGCGACUACCCGGCUGAUUGCAAUCAGAUCGAACUGCCGGCCCGACAUGUCGUCGAAGACUAUCUGCAAAUGUUCCGGGCGACUCCCUUCCGACUCGUGUUCCCCAUCGUCGACGGUGUCUUGUUUCAAGAAACCAUCAGUCAAGCUUACGAUCCGCACCACGCAGCCAACCCAGCAGCCCAGGCCUGUGUCUUCUCCUUUCUUGCCAUCAUUACUCAUACACAAUGGAGCCCGCGCAACAUGGCCGUCAUCAUUGACAGCGAGGCAUGCGUCCGGCAAGCCCAGCGCCUGAUGCCCCUAGCCCAAGCGAGCCAAGACAUUACGGGACUCCAAACUUGCCUUAUGCAGUGCAUUUAUCACCUCUUCUGCGGCAAGAUCCAGAUGGCCUCAAUGGCCCUGGCUCUAACCUGUCGCCUGUUGUUCGCGUUGGGAGCACACAGGCAGCCCAGCGCAGGGAGCGAUGUGCCCGAGCAGCAAAGCCGGACAAGAAGCCACGCGCGUAAGCUGUUCUGGCUCUGCUACACCUUUGACAAGAUCGUGGCACUUCGGACCAGCCAGCCUCCCUGCAUCGAAGACGAGCACUGCGACCUUACGCUACCUCCGGGCUACGUAGAAGAGCUAUACGUUGACCACAAUGACACCACCAUUAGUAGCAGCAGCAGUAGCGGCGCCCUCUGCUGCCUGCCGGGCGAUUUACGGCUGAGCAUCAUCAAGUCCAAGGUCUGCAGGCUGCUAUACUCGAUUCGCCUACAGCAGUAUCCGUCCAACCACCAGCAUCACCACCCAACACCCAACGCUGGGCUGCUGCGCGAAGUGCGCGAAUUGGACAGUGAGCUAGAGCGGUGGCGCCUCUCCAUCCCGGCCCGGUUCCGGCCCAUGCUGCUCGGCCGGAACUACGGCGGCAACAACAACAGCGCCUGGUGGCUUGACCCGACUUUAGACGCCAGCCAGAGGAUGCAUGUUAUGGUGCUGCACUUUGAGUACCAGCACCUUGUGGCCGCUCUGCACCGAGCCGCGAGCCCGUGGCUCACCGAGGCAAGCGAAGCAACCGUAUCAACGGCGGCGACCUUGCCGUUGGGGUCCAGUCAGAGUCAGACCUUGUCUAUCGAGGCCAGCCGGUCUUGUCUAACGUACUUUCGCGAUACUGCUCCUUCCCUGAUGGGAGCUGCCUUUUGGGUACUACUCUUCUACCCCGUAUCUGCUGUAGUCACUCUAUUCUUCAAUCUGUUGCGGAAUCCACUGGACGACCAGUCGGCAGACGACCUCAGACUGCUCGAGUCCAUCCCGAACUUGGCGGCCGACGACUACCGCGAUACUGACAUCAACGAGGCCGACGACGUCUACUACUUUAUGCCGGCACCUCAUCACGCCUUUGUCUCGGGGCGGUGUAACCGCCACUUUAGCCGGGGCACGCUCUCGUAUAGCAUCGACUCGGCCUGCGCCUCCAGCCCGUCGGCGGUGCUGCUGGUCUAUGCCGUGCUAGCUGUCAUCAGGGGUGCGGUCUGCAGCUGCUCGGCCGGCGUCAUCUCCAUCACGCACCCCAGCACCGCCAUGCAGCAGGAGCUUCAAGCUGGCGACACGGCCGGUGUGUUUAGCAUUGCUGCUGGCUACCCAUUAUUGUGCUCCUUCAGGCUGGCCCCUAUCCACCAUUUCGGUAUCUACGUGGCAGAAAAGAGCGAUGUCUUCCGCGCAGCCAGAGUCGAUGAUGGACGCAAGAUAAUGAUCAACAACUCUGAUAUUGCGGGCGGCAACUUGAGCUUGUUGCUGGAGGCAGGCAGCAACUUGCAGCAGCAGCAGCAAUACGAAAACAGGGGUGACAGCUGCAAGUAUCACAUUGCAGCAGUCUCGGCACAAAUCCUCAAGUCCUUCGUCAUCAAACGGCAGGGUUGCCGAGCAUCUUCGAGCUCACCCGCAGACCUCGCUGCUAACUUUCCCGUCAGAGGCCGGUCGUGGGCGAGGGUCACUUCCGGUUGCUACUCAACGGACCGCUUAGAUAUGGAUACCAGCGACUGCACCUUGGACACUUGCCCGGUCAGCUUGUCUAGGAUUGGGUUCCUGCCAAACCUGGGCGGCAACGCCUUCAUGGUGGCCUGGUUCGGAACCAUCCUGAUAGCACAGAUAGCCCUUGUGAUCCGGUAUAAGACCUGGAGCUACCUGUUCGGGCAGCCGUGCGGAUUGGCGCUCGAGGUGGUUGGCUAUGUCGAGCGUAUCAGGCUCCGCGAUGACCCGUUCGACAACCAGACAUUCAUCGUAUACAUCGUGACCAUAACCAUCGCUCCGGCCUUCCUCUGCUACACCAUCUACCUCUGCUUCGGACGCAUCGUACUCAUUUACGGCCCCCACGUGUCGCUCAUGCCCCAUCGAGCCUACACCAUCAUCUUUGUCACGCUUGACAUCAUCUGUCUUAUUCUUCAGGCUGGCGGUGCGGCAUGGACGCAGGCCGAUGGAAUCAAUCCCCAGGACCUCGACCGGGCGCUCGACUUGCUGCGGGCCGGUCUGGGACUGCAGUGUGCCAGUCUGGGUCUUUUCGUCCUGCUCUCGCUGGAUAUGGGAAUCCGGGUGCUACGGAACCGGAGCACAUGGACUACGCGGUAUGCUCAUGUCCGGCAGCAUAGAGUGUUCCCUUACUUCCUCAUGGGAUCCUUUGCGGCCGCCCUACUGAUCCUUGCCCGCUCUGCUUUCCGCGUCGAGGAGCUGCGCAACGGCUUCAACGCUGCUGGUGACAACGCCGAGACGCUCUUCAUGGUGUUUGAGGGCGCCAUGAUCGGCCUGGCUGUGCUGCUGCAGACCGUCUUCCACCCAGGCUACAUUUUCGAUGGCGAGUGGCGCGCCACCAGCUUCUUCACCAAGCAGCCUGACGCCCAGCAUAGCCAGAGACGAGCGGCCGAGAGAGAGUCUGGCUCUACUUUGCAGACUGAACAGAAAAAUGGAUAG